UAGGCCUAUUUCGAUCCUAACCUAAUAAUAUUGUUGAUUCUUGUUGUAAAAUACAUACAGUAAAAAUAAAGUCAUUUCUACAUAAUUAGAUAUAAAUCAAUACUGAAGACCAAAGUAAAUAAGUUCCAUUUUCAUUCGUCCAAAUGGCAAAGCAUCAUCCCGAUUUAAUAUUUUGUAGAAAACAACCCGGCGUAGCUAUCGGUAGGUUAUGCGAAAAAUGCGAUGGAAAAUGUGUUAUAUGUGACUCCUACGUUAGACCGUGUACAUUAGUCCGAAUUUGUGAUGAAUGUAAUUACGGAUCAUACCAAGGCAGGUGUGUAAUAUGUGGAGGGCCAGGAGUUUCAGAUGCUUACUAUUGCAAGGAGUGCACCAUUCAAGAGAAAGAUAGGGAUGGAUGCCCUAAAAUUGUAAACUUGGGAAGUUCCAAAACGGACUUGUUCUAUGAAAGAAAGAAGUACGGUUUCAAGAGAAGAUAGUGGAGACCUUAUUGGCUUAUUUUAAUUCUACUUGAUAACAGAUUUAUUAUUCAUUCAAACCGAGACAAUUUUCUUAUGUUUAAUGAGAUCAUUUUGUGGAUUCAAGUGUAUGGAUAGUUAUGUAUUUCUAAUUUAAGCUUAGAAUAAAUUGACAAACUAUAUUUGAAUGUUUUGUAACAGAAAAUACUGACUUUGUUUUGAAGGAAGAUCAUAUUCUCUCAAUUCCAUCAUGGUACUUUAUUUUUUUUAUUCAAAAUAAAUCGAUAUUUUCAAAAUGA